AUGGCCGUGACGGGGGAGAAGGACGUGGCCACUAUGGCCCGACAGAUCGCAGAGGUAACACAGCGAGACGGCUGGAAGUCAGAUAAGAGCGUAGUGCCCGACAUGCAGCGGCUACUGGGAAAGCUCACGACUCUGAAAGUGGAUAAAGACUUGCUACAACGCACCAAGAUCGGCGCGGCUGUUAAUAAACUAAAGAAACACGACGACGAGAUCGUACGCGGUUACAGUCAGAGCCUCACUAAGAAAUGGAAGAACGAAGUGGGCAUCGCUUCCUCUUCAUCCUCGUCCAGUCGACCGCCGGAAAGACAGCGAGUUCCGAGUCCAUCGCCGCCAAAACGAGGAGAUCAGAAAAGACUUGAGAGCGCCAGGAAGAGAUUACAGGAGGGUUAUGCCAGUGAGAGAGCUAAGAGAGACUCCCGGACUGUACAGGUGCUCAGUGGGCCUAUAGCCAAGGGACGGAGAGGUACGACGGUGUCUACCGCUCCAUCGAGAAGCUCAAUUGGCAGAGCGCAGCUGGCGCAGCGUCGACCGCUCUCUAGUGCGAACCACAGAUCAGGAUCGGCCCCACCAGUGGCUCGUCGAGUGCUGCCGGCGUCGAGAAUGCAGCAACAGGCGAGACGUCCUGCUACUUCACUGGCUAACAUGUCAGCGGAAGAGAGACACCGACAGCGCCAGCUUAAAUACAGAGCACUGUCAGGACAACCCGGUAAUGGCAGUGAUAGUGGCCGUCGGGAGCCUGAGCGCGCUCGGAGCAGUAGCAGUAACACUCAGGCGAAUGGCCGAGCGAGACCUGGAUCGCGACCCUCGAGUGCUUCGUCUUCGAGAGGCGGCUCAGCGCCUAGAGUUCCUCCUCCAGCAGUGGACGCGCGAAAAGCCAUGUUGGAUAAAAUGUAUCCUCGCGUGUGUGGUGUGGGCUCUGCAUCCACUGCCAGUACGGGCGUAGCUAAGAAGAAAACCAGUACAGUAGCCAGGAGGAAGGAAGAGAACUACACAGAAGGACAGCGCGAAGUGUUGUCGUGGCUCAAGGGGCUGAGUGUGGACAUGAGCGAGUACGCUCCAGCGUUCUUUGAGAACGGGUUCGACUCGGUCAAGCUGCUGAGUACGAUCGAGAAGUCGGACUUGCCGUCUCUGGUACCGAAGAAAGGCCACCACCGUUUGAUACAGCAGGCUCUGGACGACUUGCGGCAUAAACAUUCGACGUCUGCAGCUUCACAGCGACGUGAUCGCUUCCCGAAGGAGUCGAGGAUGCGACGUCGUGAUCCCUUCGAGGACGAAGACUCGGACGACAGCUUUGUGGUGAGCGACGACGGAGAGUACCGUCCCGGACACAUUGCUGCGAUGUUCCGGAAGAACCGGAAGCGACAAUAUUCCUAUGACUCGGACGACUCGAUCAACAUGGAAGCCUCGUUCGACGAGAUUCAGAAGGAAGAAAAGCGCAGUGCUCUGUAUGGAGAAUACGAAGACUUCCGAGAGGACAUGCGCAACAAGAAGAUGCUUAAAAAGAAGAAGGCUGAGUAGCUGCGUGUAAUCCACCCGCAUGAUCUACUGUUUGACUGAUAGAACGCUAGUGCACACCUGGUAGACCAUUCGGACAAUACACAACGUCCCCGGCAA